UGUCCUGCAGAACGGCGUCCUGAGCCCUGAUGUAACCGUAUCAUCAGCCACCGGCAGCUUCUCAGCACAGGAGCCCGAAGCCCGGACAGGACAACCGGCUGCCGGAUGAUGAAGGAGCGGCGGUGACAGCGGCACUGACAGGCGGACACACACUGGGGAAUGAGCGCUGCGUGUGGGGGGGGACGACAGGACGGACACCGCUCUGCCUCCACGGUAGAUCAUAAACCCCGACAUAUCAUCAGGCUGCCUCGUGAAAUACACCUUGAACCGCAGCGAUGUGGCCGGUAUCAGCGCCGAGGACGGCGGGCUGAGGAGCUGCAGAGUGAGCAGGACAAAGGGUGGAAACCAUCGCUGGAGAUGAACUGUCGGUGUGAAUAAUGACGAGUCUCAUCCUCGCUGUUUGAAUAUGCUGCUUGGGUAGCGAAGCCGACCGAGAGGAGAGUCUGGACACACACACAUACUCACGGAGUCGGCUCAAUUGAAGCACAACCAACCAUGCUGAUCAAGGAGUAUCGUAUCCCCAUGCCGAUGAGCGUGGAGGAGUACCGCAUUGCUCAGCUCUACAUGAUCCAGAAAAAGAGCAGAGAGGAGAGUUGUGGCGAGGGCAGCGGGGUGGAGAUCUUGGAGAACAAGCCCUACGAGGACGGCCCUGGAGGCUCGGGUCAGUACACCCACAAAGUCUAUCACAUCGGCAAGCACAUCCCGUCCUGGUUCUGUGCCAUCCUGCCUCAAGCCGCCCUGCGAGUGGAGGAGGAGUCCUGGAACGCUUACCCCUAUACGAGAACCCGGUACACGUGUCCCUUUGUAGAGAAAUUCUCUAUAGACAUCGAGACGUAUUACAAACCAGACACUGGAAAUCAAGUGGAUGUCUUCAAUCUGUCUUCUGUUGAGAAAAGGCAGAGGACUGUAGACCCCAUAGACAUCGUAAAGGACUACAUCCCUCCUCAUGAAUACCUGGUGGAAGAAGACCCCAAGCUGUACCAGUCAGUCAAGACUAAACGGGGCCCACUGUCGGAGGACUGGAUCGAGGAGAUCAACCAGUGUCCCAAUCAGAGCGCUGUCAUGUGUGCAUACAAGCUCUGCAAAGUGGAGUUCAGAUACUGGGGCAUGCAGUCCAAGAUUGAACGCUUCAUACAUGAUGUGGGUUUGCGUAAAGUGAUGGUUCGAGCUCACCGGCAGGCGUGGUGCUGGCAGGACGAGUGGUAUGGCCUCACCAUCGAGGACAUCAGGCAGCUGGAGCUGGAAACUCAGCUGGCUUUAGCCAAGAAGAUGGCCCAGUACAGCCUCAACGAGGAGGGGGGAGCGGAAACCAAUGGCUCCUCGGUCAGCCAGGACCAGAAGCAGGGAGCGGAGGCAGAGGGGUCGGCUGCAGAGGCAGAGGGAGCCGGAGGGAAGCUUGGAGAUUCACUGGAGACACGAGGGGAGCUGACCAAGCAGUGGUCGACAUCCUCCAGAUCCUCCAACAGGUCGUCAAAGAGAGGAGGGAGUCCGUCCCACCAGAGUAUUUCAGAGUGGAGGAUGCAGAGCAUCGCCCGGGACUCUGAGGACAGCACAGAUGAUGAGUUCUUUGAUGCUCAUGAGGACUUCUCUGAUAAUGAGGAGAUGUUUUCCAAGGAGAUCACCAAGUGGAGCUCUAACGACCUGAUGGACAAGAUAGAAACUAUAGAGGUGGAUGAAGCACAAGAAACUUUGUACCAAGAGUCGGGCGGAGAGUAUUCCGUCAUGAGCAAUGAGGAGACGCAGAUGGAGGACUGUUCGUCUCAACAGUGUCUCCAGCCGUCCAAAAUCCACGUCCUCGUUCUGGUCCUGCAUGGAGGAAACAUCCUGGACACUGGCUCUGGUGAACAGAACAACAAGCAGGGAGAUGUAAACACGCUGAGCGGGGCUUUUGAGACUGUGAUGAGGGUCCAUUAUCCUGCAGCGCUUGGCCGCAUCGCCAUCCGGAUGGUGCCCUGUCCUGCUGUGUGUGUCGACGCAUUCUCACUAGUGUCCAAUCUCAGUCCCUACAGCUACGAUGAGAGCUGUCUGUCCAGCAGUCAGGACCACAUCCCACUGGCAGCUCUGCCUCUUUUGGCCACGUCUGCUCCACAGUACCAAGACGCUGUAGCAACCGUCAUCCUACGAGCCAAUCAGGUGUACAGUGACUUCAUCAGGUCUUUAGAAGGAGCAUCUUUUAGUGGCCAGGUGUGCGUUAUUGGGGACUGUGUUGGCGGUAUCCUGGGAUUUGAUGCUCUGUGCAGCAGCGCCGUGACCGUAUCAGAAAGCCAAAACAGCAGCAGACGGGGCAGCGCCAUCAGUGUCCAGGACACAGACCUCCUUUCUCCGGGUAUCAUCAUAAACAGCGUUUCUCCUUCCUCGCCAUCGCUCGAAGGAAGUCGCCAUCUCAGCCGUAGCAACAUCGACAUCCCACGCUGCUCGGGGCCCGACGACCCUAAAAAACAGCUUCCACGCAAACGCAGCGACUCCUCCACGUACGAGCUGGACACCAUCAAACACCACCAGGCCUUCUUGUCCAGUCUUCACUCCAGCGUUCUCCAUGGGGAGCCCGGAUCUCGGCGCUCCAGCAACAGCACCAUGUUGGAGGGGGGCUCUUUAGGAAAGUUCGACUUUGAGGUGACUGACUUCUUCCUGUUCGGCUCUCCUCUGGGGCUGGUGCUUGCACUGAGGAAGACUGUGGUGCCCUCCUUAGAUGUGUCUGCUCUGCGUCCGGCCUGUCAGCAGGUUUACAACCUAUUUCAUCCAGCUGACCCCUCAGCUUCCCGCCUUGAGCCUCUCCUGGACAAAAGGUUCCACCUGCUGCCUCCCUUUAGCGUCCCCCGCUAUCAGCGUUUUCCACUCGGGGACGGACACUCAGCUCUCUUGGUGGAGACGGUGCAGAGUAACCCUCAGCUUCUGAUGGAGUCUAGUGGUGUAGCGCUCCACCGCUGCCCAGAAAGUAUCAGUGAGACGUCCAUCCCCGUGCCUGUCCUCAACUGGCAGACAUCGCAGCUCCACACGGAGACGGAUGCUCUUCACUCACAUAUUUUUGUUGAUGGCCAGUACCCGUCGUCCACCUCCCCAGGGGUCCCACACCUCCGUUGCAACCGCAGGGCAAGUGAGGCCAGCAUAGCCAGCCAGGUGUCUGGUUUAGCCGACUCAUACACCGCCUCCAACAUCGCCACAACAAACAAAUGUGAAGUGAGCCACGCUAAAAGGCCCAGUCUGCUGUCCCAGCUGGCUCUGCCCUACAAUAAGUUUGCCUCUCGGAACCCAUCUUUUCGGGCUCGCCAGACAAUCCGUCGGGUGUUCCCGAGACCCAACGGUGUGGAGUCUGAGCAGAGCUCCUAUGUUAGCUCUGACAUGACCUCUGAUAUGACCUCUGACCUCACCGAUGUCACAUCUGACAUCACAAGCAUCAGCUCAGCGCCCCCGUCACCCGGGGUGCUGAAGAAUAUAGAGCAAGUUGCCUCUCGUUGGUGGGGCAGUAAGAGGAUGGACUACGCUCUGUAUUGCCCCGAUGCCCUGACAGCAUUUCCAACGGUGGCUCUGCCUCAUCUCUUCCACGCCUCCUACUGGGAGUCCACAGACGUCGUCUCAUUCCUGCUCAGACAGGUAAUGAGACAUGAGAACUCCAGUAUUUUGGAGCUGGACGGUAAAGAAGUGUCUGAAUUUACUCCGUCCAAACCUCGGGAGAAGUGGCUCCGCAAGAGGACUCAUGUUAAAAUUCGGAAUGUGACGGCUAACCACCGCGUGAAUGAUGCCGUGUUCAUGGAGGACGGAGCACAGACAGUGACGGGACGCUUCAUGUAUGGACCGCUGGACAUGGUGACCCUCACUGGAGAGAAGAUCGACAUCCACAUCAUGACCCAGCCUCCCUCUGGAGAGUGGGUGUACUUUAACACAGAGCUCACUAACAACAGCGGACGCAUCUCUUAUGUAAUCCCUGAGAGCAGAAGGCUGGGUAUCGGGGUGUAUCCUGUCAAAAUGGUGGUCAGGGGUGACCACACAUUUGCAGACAGCUAUCUCACCGUUGUACCCAGAGGAACUGAGUUUGUUGUAUUCAGUAUUGACGGGUCGUUCGCUGCCAGUGUGUCCAUAAUGGGGAGCGACCCCAAGGUUCGAGCUGGAGCUGUGGAUGUGGUGAGGUACUGGCAGGACUUGGGUUACCUCAUAGUCUAUGUAACGGGUCGUCCUGACAUGCAGAAGCAGCGUGUCGUGGCCUGGCUCUCUCAGCAUAACUUUCCUCAUGGCGUUGUCUCCUUCUGCGACGGGCUGGUGCACGACCCGCUUCGACACAAGGCCAACUUCCUGAAAUCCCUCAUCAGCGAGGCUCACAUGAGGAUCUUUGCAGCUUACGGCUCUACCAAGGACAUCUCAGUGUACACAUCCAUCGGCCUGCCUCCCUCUCAUAUCUACAUAGUGGGAAGGCCCACAAAGAAGAUGCAGCACCAGUGUCAGUUCAUCCCGGAUGGCUACGCCUCCCACCUCUCCCAGCUAGAGUACAACCAGAGGUCUCGCCCGGCCAAGUCCACCAGCACCCGCAUGGUCCUCCGUAAGGGCAGCUUUGGCCUGGGUGCAGCCGGAGGAGACUUCCUCCGCAAACGCAACCACAUCUUUCGCACCAUCUCUUCAUCUCAGCAGCCCGGAGGGUCUGGAUCCGGCUCCCCCAACCUGCCGGGCCGGACUGAGCGCACGCUGAGCCAGUGUGAAGUGGAGCGGGAACGAGGCAUCGCUUCAGCAACCCAGCGGAGUAUGAGCAUCGCUGCAGGCUGCUGGGGCCGCAGCGGGAGCACCAGGGAGGGCAGCGGAGGGUUACUUGGCCCCAAGUAAGGUCUAAAAAAAUGGAGCUAUGGUGUUAAAGGACCCGGCCUGAGCCACCAUGAUAUCUGGACAGAAGACAAAAGGGUGGAGAGAAGGCAGGAGGACGUGGAUGGAGGGUUCAUAGGUUUUAAAUUAAAGGGAUGUAGCAGGAAUAACACACUAAACUGAUUGUUAAAGUUUAGACAAGAUGCGUCUGUCCAGGAGGAGUGGACUAAUCACGCCAAGUGGCAUCCAGAGAACAAAGUAGUUGUGUAGCAUGACUCUUUUACUGUAAUACUUUUAUAGGAUACAUCACUAAUUAUUUAAAAAAUGACAAGGAAGGAUUAAGUGAAAUAUUGUAAGCCUUAAACUAAUCUCGUGUAACGGGACCCCCUCCCUUCCCUUUUCCAAACAACACUGUCCAAGCAUUCACAUUCAUGAGCUCAGGACAAACUGCAAAGCCAGAUCCUUCUCCAAAACAUGGCGCUGAGGCCACGUUCAUUUGCCAGUCGUGGCAAAAAGCCAAUGAUUUCACUUCUGUUUCUGUCCCCCUGUUUCCAACACUCUACCCAGCAUGGACUGACAAUAAGUAUAAAAAGCCUCAUGAUGCAAAAAGAGAAGCAAAUGCAACACAAAAGCCGUGUUUCCAUUCAACUGUCAAGUAAAUUUGAAGUGAGCUUUGAAAAUGUUACAUAAAAUUCAAAAUAAAGACAAUUAGACUUGCUUCCAACUAACUGCUUUAGAGCGAAUAAACUAGACUCCAUGGUAUCAUCAGAAGCCAGUAACAAAACUAAUUGUUUGCUAGCCACUAAAAAAAAAACUCGAAAAAAGAAACAUGUAAAACUUUGUCAUCUAUGAGAGCAAUGGAGAAUUGUAUUUAGCAACUGUUUCCACUUGGGCAUGUAGCAAUUAUUCUUUUAUAUCAGCUGGAAUUGAACUUGUUUCAUGCUGUGUGGAGAUGAAGACAACAAAAGAAACAGCAGAUUAGUCAUGUGAGUAAAAUGUUGGCUACAUCAAAACUUACUCAGAAAAGAUUUUUCUAUGUCACUUUAUGAAAACCACCUCUAGCAAGCACUAAAGUAUGGUUUGCAAAAUAGUUUGUUCUAUUGUUAUUAUGCCAUUUAUUACUUUUUUCUAAUGCGAUAGAAGAAAAUGCGUAUAAAAAUAUGUUUUGGAAACACGGCUUACGUAAAACGUGAAUGAAAUCUUGCUGUAAAGGGUCAGUUCAUCCACAUUUUAGAAAAAAAACCAAAACAUGUUUUCUGAUAUAAUUACACACAUCUCCCAGUGAUGUUUAAAAGUGGAGAUCAACUGACAUUUCAAUGGAAGUUGUGCACCAUUUCAGGGUUUUGUGGGAUCUGACCACAUGAACUGUCCCUGUAGAUCCUCUUUCAGGCCAUUUUUCUGCCAACUCGAUGUUCACGUCAAGUAGCAGUCUCUAAAAAAAAUCCAUUAGCUUGCAAAGCAAACCUCCAUUGUUCUAUUUCCUAUGUGCUCAUAGAACAGGGGUUACAUCCAUGAACUACUACUUCUUAUCAUUUUGGUGCGCUUAAAGUUAACAUUGCAGGCGAAGCCGUUUCACUCCACACUGCAACGGAAACCUAAAGUCUUAAAGUUCUGAUACUGGAUGGAUUUUUUUGGGACAAUGUGGCCACAAGCCCUGAUUUUCCUUUCAAAAGAUUAACAAGUUUGAUUCUGAGCCACAUGGUUCAAAGGAUUGCCGUGUGAUUUGAUACAGUCCAGAUCUUCAUGGUCCUCAGAGGAUAAAUCCCCCACUCCUUUUUUAAUUUAGUGCCUUUAGCAGUCAGAGUUUCUGCUUAUCCAAGGAAACUGUGGAAUUGAAUCUGAAGGAAAAUGUUUCAAAAGAUAAAUGUGAUGCCCAGGGUGGUUUCGUUUCAAAUGUUUAUUCCACUUUUAGAAAUUCCAUUUUUCUCUAUCCAGUCUUAAGGAUAAUCCAUCUUACUUUAAUGCCGGUCUUUCAAAGUUUUCAUUUAAAUGACCCUGAUCCAGAUACAAACAAUUCAGUUUUAUCAGAUCCAGGUUACCAGUUCUUUUUUUUUUCUUUUUUUUUUUUAAAUUUUCUAAAGUCCAGCGUGAAUCCAGUUUUCAACAGUCUUUCAACAAUACAUUCUGCAGGUUUAAUACACCUUUUUUUAAAUUUGAACAACCUAUUAUCAAGAUUUGAGCUAUCAAUAGCCGAAACCCAAAUUACUUCUGAACAACUGUGCUAAGCGUAGAGUAUGAGUCUAUAACAACUACUGUAUGGAUUACUACAAAAUAUAGUACAGAUCAAAAUUUUAAUACUUUGGUUUUAUGACCAAAACACACAAAAGUUAGCUUGCUAAGCUAAAGCUAGAAAUCUCACACAUAGCAAACAUCUUGUCCAUUAGCAUGCUGACUUUAGCAUUUAGUUUAGGCUUGUCUAAAUGUAAGCUUUUAAUGCUAUGAGCACAACAAACAUGUUCUCGUCGACUUUCACAGUUUUGAGGCGGAGAAAUUGUUAAACGUAAAGCCAAAAUUUUCUGACUUUAUAGAUACCAAAAGCAAUGAGUGAGAAAAUGUGUACUUGGGAUGAACUGAUCCUUUUAACAGGAGUGAGGUAGAUUUGUGAAACAGUUAAUCACUGAUGUUUUUAAAUGCAUACAGCUUGCAUUUUGCCGCUCCAGUUUUCAUUCCCCUCCGUGUGAGUCUCUGUAGUCGUUUCCCUUUCGGUGUGGCCUCUGGGCCGUGCAAGGCCUUAAUAUCCCACGAGACGUUUAUUCCACAGAGGGAACAGGAGGCUGGAAAACAGGGCAUGCAGCAUUAAAGCAACAAAUGAAACUCUGUACAGUCCACAGCAACAAUCCCUUUAUAUAUUCAUCUGCUUGCAAUACCUCUGGUCCACCUGCUGGUGGCGUUCUGUUUCCCACACCUGCUGCUGCUGCUGGGCGACACUUGUGUGGUGCUCCCUGGCUUUUUGCUCUUUUUGCUCUUACAGGACGGAGCUGGUGUUUCUGCUGAGGAGCCUGUUUAAUUUCAGACUGAACUGAGAGUCACAGAGACGUGUUUCAGUGUUCACACCAAACGGACUGAAGAAAGAGCUUGAAUGUUGGAUCGAUCCUUUCAGUGGUGAAUGUGGAGAAUUUCCUCUCUUUAACUUCCCAGAGCAAACGUCAUUUUGCUGCUUCGUUGACUGAACUGUGUAUUUUCGUCACCAGGGGACGUAGAAGAAGAAGAAGCCACCUCAUGUCUGCGAUCCAAAAACGACAUGCACAAUGUCGUCAGAUUUUCUAGUGCUUAGAUCACUAAAUAAAGGAAACAUCUGCAGCUUUUCAGGGCUUGAAACAGCAGUCAGGUGCCUGUAGGAAAAUUGAAACCAAUUUAUAACACAUAUUCCACUGUCCACUGAGAAACCCUUUACUAAUGUGCUUCCACUUGAAUGCCUCGUUUCCACUCAGCUUUACUUGAUGUAUUUAACUCUUUUUCGUAUAUGGCCUCUGCCCUCUUGUGUUCAAUGCAAAGACAUGCAUUUCUUUACACUUUCUACUGAUUGAAUCUUCACCACAGUCAGGGAGAGAGGCUCAUUUCACCACUUUUUAAAACAUGAUGUAUUUUGAUAAAUAAGGAGGAUAUGGAGCCAGUUUUGUGAAAUGUUUUGUUACGAGACAUAUCAGCCACUAUGCAUUUACUCUGUACGUUACAGAGGUAGCACAUGUGUUCUUUUUAAUUUUACAUUCACACAAUUUGACUGUCCACAUACUGUCGCACACAAUCUGUCAAGGCAAAUUCCAGACCGGGAAAAAAACAGAAGUGAGUGAAACGUAGAAGAUCGUGGAUGUUUUCAUACGAAUGGACUUGUGGUUGAGUCGUGACUACUGUUCAAACAUUAGGGUCACAUAGAAAUGUUCUUAUUUUUGACAGAAAAGCAGCUUUUUUCAAUGAAGAUGACAUUAAAUGAAUCAGAAAUACAGUCUAGACAUUGUUAAUGUGUUAAAUGACGGCUUAUUUUUAAUGGAAUAUCUACUUGGGGUGCAGAGGAACAUUUCCAGCAACCAUCACUCCUGUGUUCUAAUGCUACAUUGUGUUAGCUAAUGGUGUUGAAAGGCUCAUUGAUGAUUAGAAAACCCUUAUGCAAUUAUGUUGGCACAUGAAUAAAAGUGUGAGUUUUCAUGGAAAACAUGAAAUUGCCUAAGUGAUCCCAAACUUUUAAACACAGAGCUGUGUGGAAACGAGGUGCAGGUGAUGGGCAAAAUGGAAAAAAAAAAUCACAUUUUUUCUGGUAUUUAUUGUUUCUUUACUCAAUCAUAAUUGACUUUUUUUUUUAAAAAUCAAAUGUUAAUAAAUCACAGGGAAAUGCACCAGUAUCUGUCAAAUAUGUUCACAUAGGCUGAUCAUGCUAACUGUUGUACUGUUGUGACACUGGGAGCAUGAUUAGGAGGAGUGAUCCCAGCAAGCUAAAGUGGUUUCAGAGUUAAAAUUAGCACCUGACUGUGUUAAAACCCUGACAAACUGUCAACUUCUCCUUUAAUUCUGUGUAAGCUUUUGGCGUACAGAUGUGUGGAGCAGCUCUGCUGCUUGUUUGCUUCAUUUUACUCUGCUGUCGUUUACGUCUCGCUUCCACUAUGUUUCCAGAUGUGUGAUCAGCGACGUGUUCGGCCCGUAACAGAAGCCAAAAUCUUUCUCUAGCACUGUAGUGAAUCAACUGUGUAACCUCAUUGUUAAUUUUUGCACUAGCUUAAGGUGGACAUAUCCUCUAGUUACCAUCUCAUGUUGCUACGUUCGAACACCUCUGUAGUGCAUGGCGCGUUUUAUCGUUUAUGUCCGGGUAUACUGUAUGUGCUGGGAUGCACAUGUCUGUACGUUUUGUCAGGAAUUAAAAAUAAUGUAAGUAUUUGUGCCAAACAAUACGUGGAGAAGUCUAGAGAAGUAUUUAGACCAGGGGUUUUCAAAGUCUGGACCCCCUUCUUCUGAUAUUAUUAUCUGUCUGAUUUGUGGAUUCAUGUUCCCAUAAUGCUUUGGAGGUCAGUGUUGUUUAUAUAGCACAUUUAAAUCAUGUUUAAAUUCUCUGCAGAUAAGAGAAAAAAUGUGACUUUACCUAACAAGUUUAACCCUUGUGUCGUCCUGCGGGUCAAAAUUGACCCGUUUUAAAGUUUGAAAAUGUGGGGGAAAAAAUAUAUUUUCACCGUGAAA